UCUUCCAUCCUCUCCUCCUCCUCCUCCACCCAAUGACAACUUCAACUCCAUCUCCCCAACCUCCUCGCCUAUUUUGAGGUGACCAUUUAUCAAACACUUAACAACUAAAAUCUCCUCAAAAACUUUGAAGCCAAAGAAGGCACUUCCACAGCAGCAGCGGCCAUUGCUUCCGCUUAUAUAUCUGACCAAUUCGAUCGCCCGUGAUCGAUCAGCGCUGCAUGGAUUGAGCCGGCAGGGAGAGUUGCCGGCUUAAUUCGACAUGUCCCGGAAGAAGUCGAAAGCUUCAUGGUGGUCUCUCCUGGCUUCAUGCUUCGGGAGGGGAGACGAACUCUCGCAAAUCCGGGCUAAGAAGCUUGUAACGAAGCAGAAGUCGCUCCAGAGGCUGUCCUUCUCCGAUGUCAGCCACUCCACUGGCAUGUUAUCUCCUGAGGACCUAUCAAUAUCUCUUGUUGGAUCCAAUCUCUACGUCUUCACGCUUGCGGAGCUGAAGGUGGCGACGCAGGGCUUCUCUAUGAGCAACUUCCUUGGCGAGGGCGGGUUCGGCCCCGUCUACAAGGGGUUCGUCGACGACAAGGUCAAACCCGGGUUGAAGGCCCAAUCAGUUGCAGUGAAGCUCCUGGACUUGGAGGGGGGGCAAGGCCACAAGGAAUGGCUGGCCGAGGUUAUAUUUCUCGGGCAACUGAGGCAUCCCCACCUCGUGAAGUUGAUCGGUUACUGCUACGAGGAAGAGCACAGGCUACUGGUCUACGAAUUCAUGGCUCGAGGCAGCUUGGAGAACCAUCUCUUCAAGAGGUUUUUUGCUCCUUUACCGUGGUUAACACGGCUAAGGAUCGCCGUCGGAGCUGCCAAAGGCCUCGCCUUUCUCCAUGAGACUGAAAAGCCGGUGAUAUACCGAGAUUUUAAAGCUUCAAACAUCUUAUUGGACUCGGACUACAAAGCAAAGCUCUCAGAUUUUGGACUUGCAAAGGAUGGUCCAGAAGGAGAUGAUACCCAUGUUUCGACCCGGGUCAUGGGCACGCAGGGCUACGCCGCACCAGAGUACAUCAUGACAGGUAUGCCACAAGAUGCAGCCUUCAACAUGAUCUGGUUCCCUUCUUGGUUUAACUUUGCACGAGUUCUUGAUCAACUUGCUUUGUUAUUAGGCCAUCUCACAGCAAAGAGCGAUGUGUAUAGCUUCGGAGUUGUGUUGCUUGAGCUACUGACUGGGAGGCGGUCUGUCGACAAGAGCCGGCCAAGCAGAGAGCAAAACCUUGUGGAAUGGGCGAGGCCAUGUCUAAACGAUGCACGGAAGCUAAACCGCAUCAUGGAGCCCAGCCUCGAGGGCCAGUACUCCACCAAGGGCGCCCAGAAGGCAGCUGCUGUGGCCUACCAGUGCUUGAGCCAAAACCCAAAAUCCAGGCCUCAGAUGUCAACCAUUGUCGAGAUCCUGGAGCCUCUCUUGGAAAUGGAUGACAUAACGAUUGGCCCCUUUGUCUACACAGUAUCAGCAGAGAAUGGUAAUGAAGAGGACUCAAGGAAGACAGAAGCAACAGAGAAUGGACAGCACCACCAUGGUCACAGGCACAAGCUAAGGUCCCCCAGGUCUGGGAGUCGCUCUGAGACCCUUUGCCGGGAUGUAGGCAAUGCGCUGUACAGAAACUCACCAAGACACCUUCGAGAGAGUAGAGCACAAAUCACGACAAAGGAACUGUGUUGUACAUAGAGAACUUUAGAUCAUCUUGCUUGAUAUCUGUCAUUCUUUCUGAUAAUUUGAAAUGAGAUAUGGGGUUUGAUUGGAGCGUAA